AUGCCGCUCGCCGCUGCCGAUGAGGACCCUGUCGCGCAAGGUCGACGCGAGUUCUCUCGAAAUGUCCGCGACGAUGAUGACGAGAGAACGAGUAACGACAUCGACGACCAGGAAAUCAUCGGCCUACCUUCAGAUUACACGAAGGAAGAGGUCAAGAUCCUCGAAAUCGAGGUGUUCGCCCGCGGUGAGCUGGCCAUGCGCACUGCUGAUUGUUUCGAUGAUCUUGCCCAUGUACGAAGCGCUGUCGAGUAUCGUGCGUCUUUCUUGUGCGAGAAGAAGACCGCCGGGAAGCAAGGGCAGAAAGCAGGUACGCGUUUCCAGACCGAACUCCAGAGGAGCGGUCACUACGCUUAUCGUCUGGCCGAACGCUACAACGACAACUUCCAACGCGUGUCGGCACUGCGCAAAAUUCUCGACCACAAACCAGACCAAGACUCAUCGGAAGGUCGUCUGCGCGCGAUCGACUUGAAGACCGAUCUGACCCUCUCCGACCUUACCUCGCGUCAACCAGGCGACACACGACGGUACUCCUCUUGGGUUUGGCGCAUUCUAACCCCCAAGAAGGACAAGCGGCAGCAGCCAUCAAGAGAAGCCAAGUCUACUGAACCACCCCCCGCUGAAGAUACUGAGCCGCAGUGGCGCGACAAUGCGGACGCCCACGCAAACUACCUGUUCACGGACUUCCGUAAUGGCGUCGCUGGCCAUGACUUCUACUCCAAAGCUUGGCAAGUGACGACGAAGGAAAGUGACUUAUCGCGGGGCAAGCGUGCAUACGCUAUGCAACAGAGUGCUGUGUACGGUCGUGGCCGCGACCGAUUUCGCAGGUGUCACGUUGAAUCACUGAAGCCGGGGGUGUCGAUCGACGAGAAGUAUCAUGACCUCGUAAGUGUUCACAUACCCUUGUUCUCAGUCUCCGACUUAUGUAUCUUUCUAGUCUCUUCGGGAUGCCCUUGCAGAGUAUGCCGACGAUCUUGA